GCCAAAAUGGCGCUGCCUACGACGUAGAACUCGGUUUUCCGGUAGGCUUAAAUUUGGGGAAAUGGUGAAUGAAAGAAGAGGGAGAAUUACAGCUUCAGGGCUGAGGAAGAGCUCCAUCUCUCCUCUGGCUCCAUUUUUAAACUCCCGCCUCGCCACCGGUCUCGCCUCCUUGGAGUGAAAUCAUGAAGGUGGUGAACCUGAAGCAAGCCAUUUUGCAAGCCUGGAAAGAGCGAUGGAGCGACUACCAAUGGGCAAUCAACAUGAAGAAAUUCUUCCCGAGAGGGGCCACCUGGGACAUUCUCAACCUAGCAGACGCACUCCUGGAGCAGGCCAUGAUUGGACCUUCCCCAAAUCCUCUCAUCCUGUCCUACCUGAAGUACGCCAUCAGUUCCCAGAUGGUAUCCUACUCGUCCGUACUCACAGCUAUCAGUAAGUUUGAUGACUUUUCCCGGGACCUGUGUGUCCAGGCUUUGCUGGAUAUCAUGGACAUGUUUUGUGACCGACUCAGUUGCCACGGCAAAGCAGAGGAAUGCAUCGGGUUGUGCCGAGCGCUUCUUAGCGCCCUCCACUGGCUGCUGCGUUGUACAGCAGCUUCUGCAGAGCGGCUCCAGGAAGGACUGGAGGCUGCCACUUCAGCCACUGGGGAAAAGCAGCUAGCCUUGUGCCUGCAGUGCCUGGAAAAGACCCUCAGCAGCACCAAGAACCGAGCUCUGCUACACAUCGCCAAACUAGAGGAGGCCUCAUUGCAUACAUCCCAGGGACUUGGGCAGGGUGGCACCCGAGCCAAUCAACCAACAGCCUCCUGGACUGCCAUUGAACAUUGUCUUUUGAAGCUCGGGGAGAUCCUGGCCAAUCUCAGCAACCCCCAGCUCCGGAGCCAGGCUGAGCAGUGUGGCACUCUUAUCAGGAGUAUCCCCACCAUGCUGUCCGUGCACUCAGAGCAGCUGCACAAGACUGGCUUCCCCACCAUCCAUGCGCUGAUCUUGCUUGAGGGCACAAUGAACCUGACUGGGGAGAUGCAGCCCCUGGUGGAGCAGCUGAUGAUGGUGAAGCGCAUGCAGCAUAUCCCCACCCCUCUUUUUGUCCUGGAAAUCUGGAAAGCCUGCUUUGUGGGACUCAUUGAGUCCCCCGAGGGUACGCAGGAGCUGAAGUGGACAGCUUUCACCUAUCUCAAGAUUCCACAGGUUUUGGUGAAAGUGAAGAAAUAUCUUCAUGGGGAAAAGGACUUCACUGAGGAUGUCAACUCUGCUUUUGAGUUCCUGCUGAAGCUCACGCCCUUGUUGGACAAAGCUGACCAGCGCUGCAAGUAUGAGCCCUGGUUCACCUGCUUUGCUGGAAGGUGUUCCAGUUGUGACUGCACAAACUUCCUGCUCCAAGAGUGUAACAAGCAGGGGCUUCUGUCCGAAGUCAACUUUGCCAUCCUUGUGGGCAAGCGCACUGCAGAUCGGGACCCCCAGCUAAAAUCGUCAGAAAAUGCCAACAUCCAGCCCAACCCUGGGCUGAUCCUCCGGGCAGAGCCCACCGUCACGAACAUCCUCAAGACAAUGGAUGCGGACCACUCCAAGUCCCCAGAGGGGUUACUGGGAGUACUGGGACACAUGCUGUCUGGGAAGAGCCUGGACUUGCUGCUGGCUGCUGCUGCCGCCACUGGGAAGCUUAAAUCCUUUGCCCGAAAAUUCAUCAAUCUGAAUGAGUUCACUACCCAUGGCAGCGGAGAGAGCACAAAAACAGCUUCUGUUCGUGCCUUGCUCUUUGACAUCUCCUUCCUCAUGCUGUGCCACGUGGCCCAGACCUAUGGCUCAGAGGUGAUUCUCUCCGAAGCAAGCUCAGGAGAAGAAGUCCCCUUCUUUGAGACCUGGAUGCAGACUUGCAUGCCUGAGGAGGGCAAGAUUUUGAAUCCAGAUCACCCUUGUUUCCGACCGGACUCCACCAAAGUAGAGUCCUUGGUGGCCUUGCUCAACAACUCCUCAGAGAUGAAGCUAGUACAGAUGAAAUGGCAUGAAGCCUGCCUGAGCAUUUCCGCGGCCAUUUUGGAGAUCCUCAAUGCCUGGGAGAAUGGGGUUCUGGCCUUUGAGUCCAUUCAGAAAAUCACCGAUAAUAUCAAGGGAAAGGUAUGCAGUCUUGCGGUGUGUGCUGUGGCUUGGCUUGUGGCCCAUGUCCGGAUGCUGGGGCUGGAUGAGCGUGAGAAGUCGCUCCAGAUGAUCCGCCAGUUGGCAGGGCCACUGUACAGUGAGAACACCCUGCAGUUCUACAAUGAGAGGGUGGUGAUUAUGAACUCAAUCUUGGAACACAUGUGUGCGGACGUGCUUCAGCAGACAGCCACACAGAUCAAGUUUCCAUCCACGGGUGUGGACACGAUGCCCUACUGGAACCUGCUUCCUCCCAAGCGCCCUAUCAAGGAGGUACUGACGGACAUCUUUGCCAAGGUACUGGAGAGAGGCUGGGUGGACAGCCGCUCCAUCCACAUUCUCGACACCCUGCUGCACAUGGGCGGCGUCUACUGGUUCUGCAACAACCUCAUCAAGGAGCUGCUGAAGGAGACUCGCAAGGAGCACACACUGAGGGCAGUACAGCUUCUGUACUCCAUCUUCUGCCUGGACAUGCAGCAAGUGACCCUGGUCCUGCUGGGCCACAUCCUGCCCGGCCUGCUUACUGACUCCUCCAAGUGGCACAGCCUUAUGGACCCUCCUGGCACUGCACUAGCCAAACUAGCUGUGUGGUGUGCCCUGAGUUCCUACUCCACCCACAAGGGACAGGCGUCCUCCCGCCAGAAGAAAAGGCACAGGGAAGACAUUGAGGACUACAUCAGCCUCUUCCCCGUGGAAGACAUGCAACCUUCGAAGCUUAUGCGACUCCUGAGCUCCAACGAGGAUGACGCCAACAUUCUGUCGAGUCCCACUGACCGCUCCAUGAAUAGCUCCCUCUCAGCUUCCCAGCUCCACACAGUCAACAUGAGGGACCCUCUAAACCGAGUCCUGGCCAACCUGUUCCUGCUUAUUUCCUCCAUCCUGGGCUCACGCACGGCUGGCCCCCACACCCAGUUUGUGCAGUGGUUCAUGGAGGAGUGUGUGGACUGCCUGGAACAGGACAGCAGGGGCAGCAUUCUGCAGUUCAUGCCCUUCACUACUGUAUCAGAACUGGUAAAGGUGUCUGCCAUGUCCAGCCCCAAGGUAGUACUGGCCAUCACAGACCUCAGCCUGCCCCUGGGUCGGCAAGUGGCUGCCAAAGCUAUCGCUGCCCUCUGAGGAGCUUGGAGUGGCCUGGAGGGCUCUCAGCCCCAGCAACCCAGCAGGGAGAGUGAGGAUGAGCCCAGGCUGCCCCAUCCAGUGAUGCAAGGAUGCUUUCUCAGUCUGGAGUCCUCUGCGAUUCUUGCCCUCUACUCACCGUGUCCUACCACAUCUCCCAGUUCCUUCCGUGAUUUUCUGUCCUUUCGACCAGUACUCAAAGACUGUGAGCAGUCCUGAUGAUCCCCCCAAUUCUUUGUUUGUUUGCUUUUUUUGUCUUUUGUUUUUGUUUUUGUUUUGUUUUGUUGUUUUUUUUGAGACGGGUUCUCUAUGUAGUAACUCUGGCUGUCCUGGAACU